UCACAAGUUCACAACGCAAGAAUAUUGAAUUUUAAAAAUUUGGCAGUGCGUUGAUUUUGUUCAGCAGACGAAAAGGAUUUUUGUCGGUUGUCGAAAAUCCGCUCUGUUUGGAGUUGGACUGGAAAACAUUUAAAGACAAUAAUCGACUUUGACAAAUAACGUUGAGUGAGUCCUACAAUCGCGUGUAUACUUCAAGAACGGCAACAUGUCCUUUCCAGAUAAAGAAAAACGACAGAAAUGCUGGGAUUCCCGUGAUCGCUACUGGGAAUGCUUAGAUAAGAGCGGCGAUCAAAUUGAAAAGUGCGUGGAAGUAAGGACACUCUACGAAACUACCUGUCCGAGUCAAUGGGUUAAACACUUUGACCGGAAACGGGAAUAUCUGAAGUUUAAGGAACGCAUUAAUGAAGGGCUUCAAACCGCAUGUGGACCAGUUACUUCAAAGAAUUCUCUUACGGCUCCGCGUCAGCGAGUUUACCGUCAAACGGUCACGACUCUCACUUAAGCUAGAAAAGCGCCAUAACAAAUGAAUAAACACGGAAAUAAAUUUUAAAAAUGUCUUGAAAAUUGCCCUGUAUAAACGUGCCAAAUAACGGUAGUAUUAUUAAUGCUCUUCAUUUUGUUAAAAACACAAUAUUUGCCAUUUAUUAUUUGCAUAAUGAUUCAUCACGCGGGAGUAAGUUUCUUAUUUUACAAUUUCUUUCAAAGCGGUGUUCACAAAAAGGUUCCUAGCAUUACGUGCAUAAUAUUUACUCAAUUUGGCAAUUAUAGUUUAUGGUAUUAUGAGGUGCUGUGAUUUGACAGUAGGCUAAUAGGCUAUAAACCUCUUGGCACAGACGUGUAGUUGUUAUAUAUUACACAUGCGUAAAUUAUAGAUAGCUGUAGACGUGACACGGAAGCGAUCAACGAGUUUGAAAAUUGCGCCGAACUUGCGGUACGAAUCCAAUUCGACGGAAGAAAGUGUGUGAUACUUGUUUGUAUAAAUCAUUCAAUAUGGUGUUGAUGUUCCUUGAAAUGUUUUCAUCUAAACGCAAUUAUCUUCCCUAACGUACAUAUUUCUUAUGUUGUCAUGCUGUUGUGUUACUGGCUCGACCUAUAGUAACUGUAUAACUAAAUAAGCAAUUAUCACCGACUUUUAACACCUAAUAAAAAAUUAAUUUACUACG